CUACACUGGAUAUCCUAAGGACCUAGGGCCAUCAAGAAUUAUACCAUUCGCAUCUGAGCGUCAGUUUGUACAGCUAUUGCAUGAAGGAAGGCCUGUAGUUGUUGCCUUUACUAUUAAGUAUACUAACUCUGCUGUAUUUUGUUCAGAAACACUAAAUAGAAUAGCAAAUACUCAUAUAUGACAGCAUUCACUCACUUUAAUCCUGAAAAUUACCUUAUUAGGUGCACUUAUACACAUCAUCCUGAUAAAGUACCGGAAGAGGCAGCUGCCACAUUUUAUCCACAUAUCAAGUUUGUCAGAGUCGAGUGCCCAAAGUAUCCAGGGUUUUGCCUCACAAGGCAAAGGAAUGAAUAUCCAUUUGUUAAAGUAUUUUACAAUCCGGAACAGGCUGCAAGCCAAGGAAAGAGCGUGGAUCCUAACAUCACCAAGUAUUCUGUAAAAGUGCUACCUUUCAACUAUGAUCAGAGCGUGUAUGGAUUUCGGGAAUAUUUCAAGAAGCAUGGUUUCAAGUAUUCUGAAACAAACUAAUUCUGCCAUUAGGAAUCUGUGAUGAGAGAAGGCCUAGGGAGUUAACAUGGAGGCAUUCGUUGUCAGAGUUGAACCCUGGGGCUUUACUGGUCUCUUUCCUAGUUCGAGGAAUGCCUGCCAUGUACUCAUGUUAGGGUAUAGUCCAGGCCUUUAGAUUAGCACAGCAAUACCAAAUGCAUGCUGAGCUAUCGACCUUCAUUCCGGUAAAUUAAACAUUUCCCCAACCACAACCAGGAAUGAGUAUAUUGCACGUCUUUUUUUUCGAAUGCGAGUGGUUUGCUA